AUGGCAAAUCCAGCAGCAGACCAAAAUAUACCACUAGUACGAUUGGAAAAAAUUCCAACAUUCUCGGGACGUCCAGAUGAGGAUGUCAUAGCCUUCAUCGAAUACAUAGAUUUUGUGUACAGUUAUGUAAGUGUGGAAAAUCAACCAAUAGCGACACUUAUAAUAAGAAAUAAAAUACAAGGAGCAGCGAUCAACACCUUACGAAGAAUUUUAAUGCCAACAUGGCCAACAAUAAAAGAUGCAUUAAUCCAGGAUUUCGGAGUUAGGGAGACAUAUGAACAAAUUCUACAAGAUCUUCAUACAAUCAACACGAGUGAUCUUCAACAACUAUUUGACCAGACUGAAGGAAUCCUUUUAAAACUUAAUAAAAAAAGUAAGUUAGAACAGAGUAUUAUUUAUAACCCAGAAAAUAAUGAGAGUAUUGUUAUGAAUAAAUUUUUAAAUAAUUUAAAUGCCAAUCAAGCAUCUGUCAUUAUUGCACAAAAUAUAAAAAAUAUAAGAGAGGCUUAUACUCUGCUAAUGCGUCAUAGAAAUUUAAAUAAAGAAUAUAAACAGGGAAAUUCGAACAAUUUUAAACAAAAUAAUAACAAUUACCACAAUAAUAGCAGAGGAAUGAAUUAUAAUCAGAGACCGAAUAAUUAUAUUGCUAGACCACCAUUCCAAAAUAAUUUUAGAAAUAGUUAUCAAAAACAUCAGAAUUCAGGACAAUUUAGAAAUUAUAAUGACUUUAAUAAAAACAAUCAAAGGUCAUUCCCUUCAGGACAAUAUAGGAAUAAUAACUAUAAUAAUUAUAACAAUCGGAAUCCAAGACCAGAACCUAUGGAAGUAAAUAAUGCUGAAAUAAAACAUGAAGAGGUAAAUUUUACCUUAGCCGGGAAAAAGAAUCACUUCCCAUAA